GUCAUUCAGCGGAGAGAGUACGAGGCUCCGUGCCCCCAUCUGCGCGUCUCUUUUACGGCGUAGAGCUCUCGUGUUGCACCGGGGGGCGGGAAUGUACUGACACCCGGGAGCACCGCGCGCCUUUCAGCCUUUCACCUUUUAUUGCGACUCGUUUUUGGGGGAUUUUUCCACGUGUUUUUAUUAUUGGAUUAUUACACGUAAAAGGGGGCGAUGGAGGAGUGCGGCUCUCAGAAGCUGUCCUGGGAUGGGGAGGCUAAAGCGGUGCAGCAGUGUCUGACGGACAUCUUCACCAGCGUCUACACCACCUGCGAUGUGCCCGAGAGCGCCAUCUUCGGGCCUUGCGUCCUGUCGCACACUUCUCUCUAUGACAGCAUCGCCUUCAUCGCACUCAAGGCCACGGACAAGAGGACCGCGCCAUAUAUAUUCAGGGUGGACACGUCAGCGGCCAGCAGCACCUCGGAGGGCCUGAUGUGGCUGCGUUUGGUGCAGUCUUCUCGGGACAGAGAGGAGCAGAACCUCGAGGCCUAUGUGAAGAACGGCCAGCUCUUCUACCGCAGUCUGCGCCGCAUCGAGAAGGACGAGGAGCUCCUGGUGUGGUACGGCAAAGAGUUAACCGACCUGCUCCUGCUCAGCGCCAGCAGAGCCCCGGCCAAAAGCAAAGGCUCCAGUCACUACAUAUGUCCAGACUGCAGCCAGCGCUUCCAGUUUGAGUUCCCGUAUCUGGCCCACCUCCGGUUCCGCUGCACCAAGAGACUGCAAAACAUGAGCACAGCUGAGGAGGAGGGCGCCAAAGAGGGGAGUCCAGACCGUCCGGCCGGGAAUUCAACCAGCAACCCCCCAGCCCGGGCCAGCCCCAAUCCCAACCUCAAAAUGGGCCGAUCCGAGAGCUACGGCGCCAACCAGGAUAGCACCAAACCAUCCACAGACUUCCAUAAUCUAGCGCGGGACUUAGAAAACAAUCGCACUAGUCCGCCCAGCGAUAAGGAGGCCGAGAUCUGCAGCGAGAGCUCCGGCAAAAGGAAGUUUUCAGAAAUUGAAGAGAGCAGGGAGAGGAUUGGCGCGGGCUUGUCCAAAUCGAAAGAGGAACUAGCAACAUCGGCGCAGAAUUACCGAGGCGCCUACAGCCUGGAGGACCGAUCUUUUUCUCCGCCCGCUGAGAUCGUGGAAGCCAAACGCAGUGCUUUUACGGAAGUGAAAAAGUCCCCUCAAAGCCUCAAACAUCACAGCAAGAACUCAGAAAACAAAGACGGUGGACGCCCCAAUGGAAGUCCAGCAGAGAAGCAUUUGAACAUCCGGCAGGUUCUCUCGGAAACGCAGCCGCCCCAGACUCCACCCAUGGGUAGCGCCUUUACGUCCGUCGGCCAGCAGGGUGGCACUGGCGGGAACGAACGUAAAAGUGCUUUCAGCCAGCCGUCGCGUUCUUCUUUCUCUCAAAUGUCGUCGCUUGUGAUGCCGCCCAAGCUGCUCGACUGUCACCCGGCAGUCGGUGACGCCAUAUCCUCCAACAGACUCUACCAGGCCGACCACUUAGCUGCUAAGCUACAGGGAGCCGAGCUAGGCGCUAACUGCCCAGUGCCAGGAGGUGGCGGCAUGGCUAAGCAGAACCCAUUCGUGUACGCCACCGCCUUUUGGCCCAAGAACUCAGGGCCUAUCCAACUCCAAAUGCCAUCAGCGCUCACCCUGCUCCCGCCCUCCUUCACGUCGCUGUGCUUGCCUGCGCAAAAUUGGUGUGCCAAAUGCAACGCCUCGUUCCGCAUGACAUCGGACCUGGUCUACCACAUGCGCUCACACCACAAGAAGGAGUACGCCAUGGAGCCACUGGUGAAGAGGAGGAGGGAGGAGAAGCUCAAGUGUCCCAUCUGCAACGAGUCGUUCCGGGAGAGGCAUCACCUGUCGCGCCACAUGACCUCGCACAACUGAGGAAGGACUGGUAUCUGAGGAGGCUUCCAUCUGAGGAAACUUUAUCUGAGGAGACUUCUAUCAGAGGACUGCUAUCUGAGGAGGCUUCUAUCUGAGGAGGCCUGUUCAUAUGAGACUCACUACAUUUACAUGCUCAGAGAACUCCGUGUGCUAAACAACCAAAUUCAAUUCAUCUUUGCCCCAAAACCUGUCAGAUCACUCUUGUCCCAGUCUACAGCAGGUCAAAGAACGCAAAUAGGUGUGAAGGGGUGGCUACGAAGUGUUCAGGGUCGUAAUUAUUAGCAUUUACAGCUAUAAUUGCUAAUAAAAACAGCUGUGACACAUAUAGCCACGCCUUAAACAAAGAUAGAUAAUGUCAUUUACCUUGAGUAUUUGUUAUUCAGACACACUAGGAACUGUUACUCACAAGUUAUUUGCCCUCUGCAGUACAAAUAAACACAUCGAAGCUCUGGUAGUUUUUACUUUCACUUUAACAUAACUAACCAAAACAGUGAAACGACACAUGCUUAGUCCACAGUGUGAUGACCUUCCAUGUAAUUUGUCAUCACUGCUGAUCUGAAAUAAGUGAGUUCAUGUCCAAACACAUCUGACAGACUGUUUCUUGUGCAGUUUAACGUCUCUUUUAGACUGCACCUAAUGUAAAUCGGACUGCGCAGUUACACGUGGACUUCAGCAGAUGUGCUAUUGGGAUGUGGAAGGUUUGAACCACCACACCUCAAUCGUAGUUCCCAUUUACAGACACUUUGAAAACCAAAUCAGAGUAUUUUCUUGACGUGCAUGUAAACGUAGUGACUGAGGAAGCUUCUAUCUGAGGAGGCCUGUUCAUCUGAGACUUGAGGACACUUGAGAUCCAACACUUACGAAUUACCACAGCCCCUUUGCACUUCACUUUUUGAAGAGUGGAUGUACUUCAUAAAGCAGGUUGGACCAGCGCUUACAUAAAACAUUUCAGGUUUUUUUUUUUUUUUUUAAACAAUGUAACUGAAGAACUUUUUUGGAGUUUGGAGUUUUUCUUUCUUUGCCCCAGUACAGAUAUAUUUAAAUGCAGAGGUGAGACCACUGCGUGCUAUCUAAAUCUAAUUUUAACACUGAACCAGGAAGUGCACUAUUAGCAUGCUAGUUGUUGUUAGCAUCACCGUGACAUACAACAUAAAGCUUUGCCAGCGUUCUGAAUUUGCUUGGAUGAAAUGCCACAAGUUCACAAUGUAUUAAAAAAAAAAAAAACUCCAAAUGUCGUCCACCUGCUUCAUGAAUCCAUCCAUUUCCUUCCAGACCCGGCUCGGUUUUCCUCUUUGUACAAAUUUUCAGUUUUUUGGGUCUAUUUGAAAAUGCGUUUUGAGAAAUUUGAAAUCUAUUUAUUGAAGCACUUAGACGUUUGAGGAUAAGGGGAGACUUGUAUUAAAUGUACAGUGAUAUUUGGCACAUAUGGGAGUGCAUGUCUGUUUCACAUAUCUAUCACCUGUACAUACUCUGCUUUGCUCAUAUUUGGUGUCCGUUGGGAAUAGUUUCUGUGAUUUCAUAGUUUAUCGAAUCAUGUUGAAUGCAUUGACAAUAAAAUAGCUUUAUUUUCAACU